AUGAAAGCAUGUACAGGAGAGGAGCUCCAUCUGGAUCGAUACCAUAAUGCUCAAGUCCCUUGGUGGCAGCAUCCACCGCCGGCAGAUCCAACCCUCCAAGGCGUCUCUCCCAGCAAUCUCAAUUUACCAGAGCCCGCCUUCCUGUCUGAAGAGCUAAAGCAUUACCAGUCAUCAACAUUCGGGCUAUUUUUUCCGGUCCUGGAUUCAUUCCUUUUAGAGAGCACCGUGAAGGCUGCAUACUACCAAGAGAGCUCUGCGGCGUCGCCCGGCAUAAGCAGUGCCAAGGCGUGCAUAUUUGCCUUUCUCGCACUUGCACCUACUGUGGUUCAUGGGUCGAAACUGGAUCAUCUCAAAUCUAGCCUCGAAUAUGCCUGUGAAGCGUACCGUCUUCUACCCGAAGUGUUAAAAGAACCGGUCAGCUUAGACGGUCUACAGCCACUCUUAUUACUCUGUCUGUGCUCUCAGGGGCUUACUGGGGACUCCCUUACUAUCGACCAUUUACUUUCCACAGCCUCGCGAUUUAUUUAUCACUUCAAGGCGAACAUAUCCCCUCGCAUAGUCUGGGAACAUCCCACCGCUCUCGACUACCACGCGAGACACCUAUUCUGGAUAGCAUACAUAUGUGACAAGGGCUUUAGCUUGGUGACAGGCCUCGCUCCAGUCCUGGAAGAUGCUCAGUGUGAUCUCACACUCACUGUUAUGCCUGAGGAGCUCGGCCAGCUGGAGGGACAAUUUCAUCUGCACGGGGACCCAUACCCAGGUUCUUAUGUCGACAUGUAUGCCCGCCUAGCUUUCAUCCAAUCGCGAAUCUGUCGUGAUCUGUACACACCAAGCGCUUUGAGAAAGCCCGACGCAGAACUGCUCCGAACCAUUCGAGACUUGGACGAUUCAAUUGAAGAAUGGAAAGACUCCAUCCCCGUGAACAAUCGGCCCUCUCUUAUCACCACUGCGCCGCAAGACUCUGAUAUGCGAUUUUCGGUAUUUCAUCUGCAAUACCACCACUGCAUGAUCAUGAUUCAUCAGGCCAGCAGCCGAUGUGCUUCUUGGGAACAGAAUCAAGAGACACGAGGAACCAGUUCAAGCCUGGCAAUCUCAGUUGCAGCCAGUCGCUCCUUUCUGAGAGGCUUUCUGUAUUCUCAGCUUGAACUUGGUUCUCAAAACCUCUUGUUCACUCUCUCGUACUUCCUCCAAGCCAGCAUUAACCUUUUCUGCAAGAUACUUUCUCGGCCCCUGGAUACCGCAAACCAAGAAGACCUGCAAACAAUUGGCAUGAUCUCUCAGCUCAUUGCUCAACAUCACAGAGACUGUGAUCCAACAUGCUAUACGGCGAAGAUCAAGUUUGCUGGACGAGUUAUAAGUGAGCUAGAACGGCUUGCGCGAUGUGCCAUCGAUAAGGCCGGACGCGAACAGGACCAAGCUAUGGGACCACAAUGA